CGGGGAGGAGGGAGCGGCUCAGCGCGGCCCGGCACAGCCCGGCUCCGCAGCGCUCGGACGGACGGACGGACUCUGCCUCUCGCCGCCGUGUAGCCGAGGGAUCGAGAGAAGGCCAUGGGACGCUGCGGCGCGAGGGCCUGGCAGGAGCUGCUGGUGCUGCUGGGCGGGCUGUGCGUGUGGGGCAGCGGCGCGCAGCCCACCCCCCCCGGCCCCACGCGCAGCUCCGUGCCGCCGCUGAAGUUCCGUCUGGCUGGGUAUCCCCGCAAGCACAACGAGGGCCGGAUUGAGGUGUUCUACAAUGAGGAGUGGGGCACCAUCUGCGACGACGACUUCACGCUGGCCAACGCGCAGGUGCUGUGCAGGCAGCUCGGCUUCGUGGGAGCCACCGGCUGGGCCCACAGCGCCAAGUAUGGCAAAGGAGUUGGGCGGAUCUGGUUGGACAAUGUGAACUGUGCGGGGAACGAGAAGAGCAUCAGGGACUGCAAACACCGCGGCUGGGGGAACAGCGACUGCAGCCACGAGGAGGAUGCGGGCGUCAUCUGCAAGGAUGAGCGCAUCCCAGGCUUCAAAGACUCCAACGUCAUCGAGACGGAGCAGAGCCACGUGGAGGAGGUCCGUCUGCGUGCCGUGGUGUCGGGGGCCCAGCGGCGGCUGCCAGUGACAGAGGGCAUCGUGGAGGUGCGCUACAAGGAUGGCUGGGCACAGAUCUGUGAUGAGGGCUGGGACAGCAAGAACAGCCGCGUCAUCUGCGGCAUGAUGGGCUUCCCCACCGAGAAGAAGGUGAACAGGAACUUCUACAAGCGGCUGAAGCGUGCAGCCAGGACGAGGGGCCGGAGCACGAGGCCAGGCAGGAGGCUGGCCUCCAAAUCUCAGCCUAAACAAAAGCGCAGGGAGGACUUAGGGUCCAGGAAGAGGCUGUUUGCAGAGCGGCAGCAGCUCAACUACCGCCUGCACUCGGUGUCCUGUACAGGGACAGAGGUGCACAUCUCCAUGUGCACGUUCCAGUUCUACCGGGGCAACUCCUCGGCAGCCUGCAGCACUGGCAUGCCCGCUGUUGUCAGCUGCCUGCCCGGGCCCCUCUUUGCCACUGGCAGCGCCCAGAAGAAGAAGCAGCGCCAGCAGCAACAAAGCCAGCCACGGAUCCGGCUGAAAGGAGGUGCCAAGGCUGGGGAGGGCCGUGUGGAGGUGCUGAAGAACAACGAGUGGGGCACAAUCUGCGAUGACCGCUGGAAUCUGCUGUCUGCCAGCGUGGUUUGCCGCGAGCUGGGCUUCGGCAGCGCCAAGGAGGCCCUCACUGGGGCACGCAUGGGCCAAGGGACGGGGCCCAUCCACCUGAACGAGGUGCAGUGCCUGGGCACUGAGAAGUCCCUCUGGAGCUGCCCCUUCAAGAACAUCACGCAGGAGGACUGCAAGCACACGGAGGAUGCGGCCGUGCGCUGCAACAUCCCCUACAUGGGCUACGAGAACCUGAUUCGGCUGAGCGGGGGCCGGAGCCGCUUCGAGGGGCGCGUGGAGGUGGCGGUGGGGGCUGCGGAAGGGGACGAGCCGCGCUGGGGCCUGGUGUGCGGCGAAGGCUGGGGUACGCUGGAGGCGAUGGUCGCCUGUCGCCAGCUGGGGCUGGGAUUCGCUAACCACGGCUUGCAAAUCCGCCUGGCCGGGGGGAGGACGGAGUUCGAGGGCCGCGUGGAGGUGAAGCGUGGCAGUAAGUGGGGCACUGUGUGCAGCGACGGCUGGACCACCAAGGAGGCGAUGGUGGUCUGUCGCCAGCUGGGCCUGGGCUACUCCCUGCACGCGGUGACGGAAACGUGGUACUGGGAUGCCAGCAACGUGACGGAGAUGGUGCUGAGUGGGGUGAAGUGCGCCGGCCACGAGCUGUCCCUGAACCACUGCCAGCACCACGGCAGCAGCCUGAACUGCAGGAACACGGGAACGCGCUUCGCUGCAGGCGUCAUCUGCUCUGAAACCGCCUCCGACCUGCUGCUGCACGCCCCGCUGGUGCAGGAGACGGCGUACAUCGAGGACCGCCCGCUGCACAUGCUGUACUGCGCCGCCGAGGAGAACUGCCUGUCCAGCUCAGCCCGCCACGCCAACUGGCCCUACGGGCACCGCCGUCUGCUCCGCUUCUCCUCCCAGAUCCACAACAACGGCCGCGCUGACUUUCGCCCCAAGGCUGGGCGGCACUCCUGGGUCUGGCACGAGUGUCACCGGCACUAUCAUAGCAUGGACAUCUUCACCCACUACGACAUCCUGACUCCCAACGGCACCAAGGUGGCUGAGGGCCACAAAGCCAGCUUCUGCCUUGAGGACACCGAGUGCGAGGAAGAUGUGGCCAAGCGGUACGAGUGUGCCAACUUUGGGGAGCAGGGCAUCACGGUGGGCUGCUGGGACCUGUACCGGCACGACAUCGACUGCCAGUGGAUUGAUAUCACUGACGUCAAGCCAGGCAACUACAUCCUGCAGGUGGUGAUCAACCCCAACUUUGAGGUGGCAGAGAGCGACUUCACCAACAACGCCAUGAAAUGCAACUGCAAAUACGACGGGCACCGCAUCUGGGUGCACAGCUGUCACAUCGGUGAUGCGCUCAGCGAAGAGGCCAGCCGGCGGUUCGAGCAGUACCCGGGGCAGCUGAACAACCAGAUCUCAUAGGGCCCGGGCCCAGGGAGACGCCAUCUCCCUCUUUCACCCUGCGUGCAGGAGGAAGCUGCUGUGGGGCUGGCGGGGGCUCACACAGCCCCAUCACAGCCUGCACUGCGCGAGGGACUGCCCAGGACUCACUGCUGGGGCUGGGGGCCCUGAGCACCGCACCUCCAGCCCUCGACCACUGGCCAGACGCUGCACCCCAGUCAGGCUGCAGCACAAGGGUACGAUCCGGGGAGGCCCCACCACCCCAGCUGUGCCUCUCCUGCUCCCCAGCCCCAGCUCCCCUCACCUUGCUCCACCCUCUCUGGGGCUCUGCCCGCCUCAGGCAGCAGGACCCCACCCGGGGACCCCCAUCCCUGCUCAGGGCCGGCCGCCCUCGCGCUCCAGCAGCCCCAUCUCCAGACGGUGUGGCUGCCCUGCACAGCAGUGCUGCCAUUGGCUGCCCGGCAGCGGUUCCCACACCCGUGUCUUAGUUGUAAUUUUAUUUUCUUGAUAAAGAUGUCAGUUCUGUA